CAACUUUUGGCGGUUGGCACAUGCGCAGUAUGUCUCGUCAGCAAGUUUGGCCGUGCGUUUCAUUUAGUUGCUUCGCGGUACCUGAGAGGUGUGCGCGGUCGCCGAUUAUCGGGAAAAGUCCGAACGUCUUUUUUCCCAAGUAUACCCACCGAGGGCUAUAUGUAAGCAUAUAUGGAAAAGUAGUAAAGCAUGUAUAUGUGUGUUUAGAGAGCUGAAACUCUAUUUUCCCUCAAAGCUAGGUGUGUGCCUGUGAUUAUAUUGCGCGAGGUAUCAUCAGAUGAUAAGAGAUGUUAAGCCUGCCACCGUCAGGCUGGAAUGGUGGUGAGGUGCGGGCGGUGAACACGAAGAAGAUAUACUCUAGGAGGCCCUGGUAUGCGCCGCCUGUCGACCCUCAAGAAUCAUUAACAGACCAGGAGGAGUAUAACAACAGAGAGUACGAGUCGGAAAACGCGGGAGAGCGCGCCGAGCCCGAGGUGUACUAUGACCCGAGCCCGCCUGAGUACGACGACCCAGUGACGUCGCGAGUGUACCAGAGCCUGCCGUCCGCGCCCAACCCGGUGUCGCAGUCUACGCCCACCGCCAGUUCCGUCACCGGCUUCUCUAUCGCUAAUGCUGUCAAUUUGAGAGAAGCGGCCCUUGUUGCGUUGGGAGGCGCGAGCGCAGCUUUAGUGCUACUGCUCAUAAUGGCGGGCGUGUUCGUGGCGCGCAGACGCAAGAACAGCCCCUCGCCGACGCCGUCGCCGCCGAUCCUGGUCUACCCGCCGCAUAACAUCGCCGGACCAUGCUACAUGACCAAAGAAGUGAACUUCUCGCUGCCUACGCUGCGUUCGUCGUCACUCGGCGAGCUACGUGACGUCAUCUCCGUGAGCAGCCUGGGCAGCGAGGUGCUUAGCCCGCCCAUGCCCUCGCAAAUACGGUCCAAUUCAUUCACAAACACGGCCGACCUCGGAGUACUGGACCCGUCUCUCUACAAAUCGGAUUGCCUCGACGAAGACUUACUCUGGCCCGAGGGCCACGUGGGGCGCGUGUGGUUCACGCUGAAGUACGAAUCAACCACAGAGAGACUUCAGGUGCACAUUUUGAAGGUGAAACAUCUGCCAUCUCGCACCCCUGCUCUUGCCAAUGCCUGCGAUCCGUAUGUAAAGAUACAACUGAUGCCAGACGAGAGAAGAGUUCUUCAAACCAAGCAAAAGAAGAAAUCCUGCAACCCAAUGUUUGACGAGACGUUUGUCUACCAAAUCCCGCCUGGAAAACUGGACGGGCUUACACUGAAGCUGUCUGUUUUGGACUCUGGCCGAGUAGGCAAAGGGAAGCAGCUUAUUGGACACGUCAUCCUGCCGCUGUCAGAACUCGAGGGUAUUGCUCCUGACGAAGAACCACAGCUGUAUAAAAUGGAUAUUGAAAAGGAUCUUCAAGAACCGACAUCGGACUUAGGUGAAAUAUUGGUGUCUCUACUGUAUAACGAGAAUCUACAUCGGCUCACAGUCACAGUCAUAGAAGUCAGAGGGUUAAAGCUGGAUCCAUCUUCAAGCAAACGCGAGAUGGUGGUCCGCGUGACACAGGAGCGUGCAUGCCGCGGCGUGCGCGCGCGGCGAACAGCGGCCGUCGAGAUCGCCGACAACGGGAGCGCGAUGGUUUCAGAAUGCUUCCACUUCAGACUGCGCGCGGACGAGCUACAUACCACGAGUGUGACCGUGCAGGCGUUGCAACCACACUCGGUUUAUGCCAAAGACCGCCUGCUCGGCAAGUUCAUGCUCGGCUCGUACAUGUUCGCCCGCGGCCGCGCCCUGCAGCACUGGAACUCAGCCCUCGCCGCGCCGAUGGAACAAGUCAAGCAGUGGCACCCGCUCACCAAUUAAACGACUAGGCCAA